UGAGGGAUUAAUACACCUGGUGUCUAUUACCAAUUAACCCAAUGCCCUUCUUUACACUCUCCUCCCCUGGGUAAUACUAAAGGCGAGACAUGUUUAUGUGAUGUAAAGUGGACCUAUGUCCAUUGUUCCCUUUUUGUUUUACCUGUCCUGCCCCUUUAAGAUUAGACAUUUCUAUCUAGGCGUGUUUCCUGCUGCCAUUGACUAAAACCGAGAGCUGCCAUCCUGCGGGAAAAGAGCCCAUUAACAGCUUUACACGCUGGCGUCCAUGCAGGCUGCGAUGAUUGUUUUUUUAAGUAUUUUUGUCCACGAAGGUUAAAUGACUGUCCAGCAGCAUGGUCACGGUCUGAUUUCUGUGGACACGGAGCAGCUCGCCUGUAACGUCACCAUCAUUUAUGAUUUAUCGAGAUGAUAUGAAUGUCAGCCGGUCAAUGUCCGCGCCCCUAAUGCCACUGCCUCAGCCAGAUUUUCUAGCUGCUACUUGGGAGACAUCUGCCGCGAGCACCUGGAUUCAUUUCUAGUCAUUUCCAACACUAAGUGGACGGUGAGAGAUCCGAGAUUGUCUGAGCAGCGUGAAAGCGUCAAUGUGGGAAUGACACGCUGCGGUACAGACGGGAAGCUGCAAAUAACAUGGAUUAGAAAACACUGAUGCGACUGCGACACUUUAAACGAAAGGACCAUGCUUCACAUUCGUCGCCCUGUGCUGAAAUCUUUAAUACUGCUGAUAUAACACCUGACGUUAACCCAGAGAAGGACUGAGCUGAAAAGAGGACACCAUGUCGGCGGUGAUGAUAACGCGAAAGGUGCGAAAAUGGGAGAAGCUCCCGGGUAAAAACACCUUCUGCUGCGACGGACGAGUGAUGAUGGCCCGGCAGAAAGGAGUCUUCUACCUGACCCUGUUCCUCAUCGUCGGGACCUGCGCCCUCUUCUUCGCCUUUGAAUGUCCGUACUUGGCUGUCCAUCUGUCUCCCGCCAUCCCUGUUUUCGCUGUCCUGCUCUUCCUCUUCGUCAUAGCUAUGUUGCUGAGGACCAGCUUCAGUGACCCAGGGGUGCUGCCACGGGCCCUUCCAGAGGAAGCUAUGUUCAUCGAGAUGGAAAUUGAGGCUGCCAAUGGGAAUGUCCCCACCGGGCAGCGCGCCCCACCUCGAAUUCGCAACGUUCAGAUCAACAAUCAGAUCGUCAAGCUUAAGUACUGCUACACCUGCAAGAUCUUCCGACCACCUCGGGCAUCUCACUGCAGCAUCUGUGAUAACUGUGUCGACCGUUUUGAUCACCACUGUCCAUGGGUGGGCAACUGUGUGGGCAAGAGGAACUACCGAUACUUCUACCUGUUCACCCUGUCCCUCUCCAUGCUCACCAUUUAUAUCUUCACUUUUGACAUCGUCCACAUGGUCAUGCGUGAGUUUCUACUUUUUUUAAUCAGAAGGGACACGCAGGCGUAUUAUGCAUGUACGUUGGAGUUGAGCACACUGAAGGAAACACCUGGAACUGUGCUGGAGGUGUUGGUGUGCUUCUUCACCCUGUGGUCCGUGGUGGGACUGACCGGCUUCCACACUUACCUGAUCUCUCUCAACCAGACCACCAAUGAGGACAUUAAAGGAUCCUGGUCAGGAAAGAACAGAGUCCAGAACCCAUACAGCCACAAGAACAUCAUCAAAAAUUGCUGUGAGGUGCUCUGUGGGCCGACAUACCCGAGCGUCUUGGACAGAAGAGGACUGAUGCAGGAGGAUUCGACUGUUUCUGCAGCAUCUGCUGCACCCUCCUCCUCCUCCAGCAUCAGCAACGCCGUGCCACAAACCACGAAUGUUGUCCUGCGCCUACAGAAAACCACAGCUCCUCUCAUCCCCAAUGAGCACACACCUGAUGAUGCCAAGCCGAGCAUUGCUGCCUCAGCAGAGAAGAGCCCCUCCCCCAGAGAGGAGCACCCACCUGCUCCCAAGGUUCCUCCCUUGGCUUCACCCGAAACUGAUGUAGAGGAUAAGACCCAUUAGCUGCAUAAAGAGGAGGCCGUCAUCAUAGCCCCAGCAUCCUGCCUGGUCAGGGACUGAAACAUUAAUAUUAAAUGUCUAAUUCCUGUGCUGGUGACUCGGUUAUUCUCAGACUCCGACAUUCAACCAGUUUCUGCUGCAGCUCCUCUGUGUUCCCCUCCUCACCGGUGGCUGCAGAGCUGUUUGCCUGACUCUGACUCCUAUACGAGCGGGAAGAGUUUCACAGAAAGUCAGCAGCUUCCUCUGAGUCCUGAACACUGCAUGGAAAAGACACGCAGGGGGAGAAGCUGCUGCACGAACAUCAGAGGAAAAAAAACAAAAAAA